UGCAUUUUGGUCCCAUUAGAUUUUAUUAUUUGCAAUUUUGGUCCCUUUUGAGAUAUUAAUUACUCAAGACUGCAAAUUUUAUUCCAAUUUCCACCAUGGAUGCAGAGAAAGAAAAUGGAGCACACUGUUUAAUCUUGCCCCACCCGACCCAAGGCCACAUAAACCCCAUUCUCCAAUUCGCAAAGCGCUUAACCCACAAACGAAUUAAAAUCACUCUCGCACUUACCAAAUUCACACUCAAAACCACGACCGGGUUCUCCGGCGGAUCCAUUUCGACCCGAUCCAUCUCCGACGGUUUCGACGAAGGCGGCCGUGCUCAUGCCAAUAGCUCCGAGGAAUACCAGGCCCGGUUUCAGCAAGUCGGCCGAGAAACACUAGCUGAGCUCCUGCAGGAUCUCGCGGGUUCGGGUCGCCCCGUUGACUGCGUGGUUUACGACCCGUUUAUCCCCUGGGUUCUCGACGUGGCCAAGGGAUUCGGACUGUUGGCGGCGGCGUUUUUCACGCAGUCGUGCGCGGUGGACAGCAUCUAUUAUCAGGCGUACACUGGGGAGCUCAAACUGCCGCUCUCCGGCGGCGAGGUGGUGGUUCCGGGGCUGCCGCCGAUGAAACCGGAAGAGAUGCCUUCUUUCAUUCACGACCACGGGUCGUACCCGGGAACUUUCCAGAUGCUUCUGAAUCAGUUCCGGAAUGUUGACAAAGCGGAUUGGAUCCUUAUCAACACGUUUGACAAAUUGGAACAAGAGGUACUCGAAUGGAUGUCGAGAUUUUGGAGGGUGAAGGCAAUAGGACCCACCAUACCAUCGAUGUACUUAGACAAACGUUUGCAAGACGACAAAGAAUACGGCCUCAACAUGUUCAAUCCAAUGACUAACACUUGCAUGAACUGGCUCGAUAAUCAAGAACCCAAAUCAGUCAUUUAUGCUUCCUUCGGAAGCCUAGCCCAACUAACCGCUCGACAAACCAAAGAGCUAGCCUACGCCCUAACAACCUCCAACAAACCCUUCCUGUGGGUGGUCCGGUCAACCGAAGAGUCAAAGCUUCCGGAAGAUUUCUCGAAAUCACGGAAAGGGUUGGUAGUGACGUGGGCCCCACAGCUGGAGGUGUUGUCCCACAUGGCGGUGGGUUGUUUUGUCACACACUGUGGGUGGAAUUCGACUCUGGAGGGUUUGAGUUUGGGGGUCCCGCUUGUGGCUAUGCCACAGUGGACCGAUCAGAGUACGAAUGCUAAAUUAGUGACGGAUGUUUGGGGUGUUGGAGUGAGGGCUCGAGCGGAUUGUAAUGGAAUUGUGAGUCGAGAAGAGAUAGUGAGUUGCGUAAAGAGCGUUAUGGAGAGUGAAGAUGGGAAAAGAAUUGGGUCGAAUGCGGUGAAAUGGAAGGGAAUUGCUAGAGAGGCUCUUGAUUUAGGAGGGAGUUCGGACAAGAAUAUUGAAGAAUUUGUUACUGAAAUAAUGUUGAAGAGAUACCCUCUAUAAGUGCUUAGUGAAAUACAUUGGAUACUUGUAUGUAUAUCAGUAUAUGUGCAAAGUGUGUAAUUAUUUAUACACGAAGUUUAUCGAGAAGGCCUAUCAAAAAAAAAGAAGUUUAUCGAGAAGGAUUGGGGGUGAAAAUUGGAAUCAAAGUUUCGAUUUCUAUUGAUUCAGAUCUGAGUUUUUUCGAUUUUGCAACAACAUUUUUCAUCCAAU